AUGGAGCCCCAGCGGCUGGCGCAGCUCUUGGCUUCUGGGCAGGCGGCGCUGAGGCGAGAGAGCGAGCCGGAAAGCGCCGCCCUUCUGCAAAAUGAAGAGAGACAGGCUCUCCAGAGGCGCUGGACCGCGCGCAUCAGCCAGUUCCUGCAGGGGCAGCGCGCGAGGCACGCCGAGACCCCGGAGCCCAGCCGCGAGGGCGCACCGGUCCCCUUCUCGGCGUACACUGGGCGAGACGCCCUGACAGCAUCUCACGCAGACCACGCAGAGGGGGGCGCCCGUGCGCGGCUCUCUGGGGGCGGCGGAGACCCGAGAGGGUCUGCAGCCCCACUUUCUUUUCCGCCUCCUCGACUGGCGGCCGCGUCGGCCUCGCCGUCUCCGGCGCCGCUGUUGCCGAGCGGGCGCAGAGAGACGCCGGAGGCAGCCUUCCCCGCGAAGGCUGCUGAGUUGCAGAAUUUGCUUCAUUUUUUCCACGAUCUGUCUGACCACGCAGGCCGCCUAGUUGCUCGGGCAAGGGAGCCCCCUCAGCAGCGCCCCCACGCGCAGCUCUCAGACCACGCCGCGGCGGCGCCCUCGUUUGCCUCUCCCUUGCCGCCGACCUCCCGCGCGGCUCUUUCUGCGUCUUCUUCGUCUGCGUCUGCAGGCGCUGUCGCGCCCGCCCAGCCCAUCGGAUGCGGGGAGACGGCGUCGCGCGCGCGAGGGGAACGCGAGGAGUUCUUCGCGCUCGAGCGCGCCUGCCAUGCAGGCGCCGCGCCCCCGGGGGUUCAGGCGCCAGGAGCGGGUCUGGCCUCGGCGCCGCCCCCGGCGGCCGCGCCGAGGCCCGCGUCGCGAGGCUCGUCCUACGCGCCUUCGGAGUCCCUCGCGCACAACGGAGGGUCCCCUUCGCUUCUUCCCCGUCGACCGGCUCCCAUCUGGCCUGCGCCGGCUUCGGCCGGGUCUCUGGCGGCUUCAGGGAGUCCAAGCGUUUCGCUCUCAGCCGUUCGCCCCUCCCUCCUCCACGCACAGGCGUCGCUGCUUGUGCCCGGAGCGCCGGGCGCGUGGAGCGCUGGAUCCCCGCCCGGGGCGGCGUUCGCCGGGGGGGACCGUCCGCCCCGUAUGCGAGCCCGUUUCCUUCUCAUGACGAGAGACGCAAGAUGUCUCGCGCCGACGGCGUGCAUCGCUUCCUCGCCGCGCAUCCGCUUCGCGCUUCUCCCUUCUCCGGCGAUGCACAACACACACUCUCGCAGUCGACGGGCGGCGACUGGGGCGACGGCGCGCGGACUGGUGCUGCUGCGUCGCCUCCCUCUGCGCCUCCGCACGCCCUUUCUGCGUCGCCUCUCCCACUCGGCUACAGCGGCGGGCCCGACAGCGAGCCGAGUCUGCGGACUCGUCUCUGUCGCCCUCCGCGCAGGCGUUUCGCUUCUCGUCCCCGGCGGCCUCUCAGCCUGCGGAGGAGCUCCCGGCGGCGGAGCGCGCUGCAGGGGUGCGAAGGGCUGCGCCGCCGGCGGGGGGGCCGCGGCCUCGCCCCUCUACGGCGUCGCCGGACCCGCACGGACGGGAGACAAGAGGCCGUGGAGUGAUGGGGCGGCGCAGGCGCGAGACGAGCGAAGGAAGCGGAGGCGGAAAGGCAAGAAUGCGGUCGAGGAGGACCCUGAGAAGGAGAGCGACAGCGGCGCGUGGCCCAGAGGCCUUCUAGGGCGCGAGGAGGGCGCGACGCCUGACAAAGAGCAGGCCAAGAAACAAAGGGAAGAUGACGAGCUGCGACGGACAAAGGAAGAGAGACGGGAAAAGCGGGAACGGCGGCGCAUGCAGCGACGCGAGAGGCGGGCUCGCAGACGCGCGCGGCGGGACCUGGUGCGGCUCAUGCGCCGGCAGUUCAUAAAGAAGAAGCAGGAAGAAGAGGAACGGAGGCGCCGGGAGGCAGAGGAAGACGAAGAAGAGGAAGACGAGGAGGCAAAGAGUGAAGAGAAACGCGAAAACGAAGACCGCGGAAAGACGGCCCUGAAGCCGCGGCCGGCUGCAAGGAGGUCGCGGACGGCGAAAAGAGGAAGGGCUCUCAAGAAAACGCAGAAGAAUCAGCAUGGCGAGCCGACACAUGCCAAAGAAGAAGAUGAGGAAGCUGCGGAGCAGGAGGGGGAAAGCGACCAAGAGGCGGAAGGGAAGGAAAAACGCGGGCAGGGGAGUGACAAGCCAGAAGAAGAGGAGGACGACUUUGAAUCGCAGAUGGAGCUAAUCGAGAGAAAACUGCAAAAACGCCUCAAGCAGCUCUCAACAGGGACCGUCAUGGUUCAGCGAGGCUCUCGGCAUCGCGAAGGAGAUUACGCACCUGGGAUGUCGCUCCAGAGGAAACUCGACUAUCUCGUUCAGCACAGCAUCGCCUGUCCCACGCUGCCCAACAGCGCCCCGCUGUCUAACGCGUACACGAUCACGUCCCGCUUCAAGGAGACGAAUCACUCCUCGAUGCUGGGAGACGCCGCGCGGAUGAACCUGUACAGAAUCGCGAUAGAAACGCAGAUUCGCAGACUGCACGCGAUCCGCAGGACAGCCAACGGGCACCGCAUUCUCGAAAUCGGGUGCGGGCCCUUUUGUGUGCUCAGCAUCAACGCGGCGCGCGCCGGCGCGAAGGAGAUCGUGGCGCUGGAGGUGGCGCGGCGCGCGGCGAUGGACGCGCAGGCCUUCGUUCGCAUGUACGGAUUUGGCGAAGUCAUCAAAGUUGUAAACGCGUACUCGAAGGAGUGCGCAUUCCGCUGCAGUGCACCCCGUCCAGGCGCGACCGCGACGCCGGGCCUGCCCUCCUCCUCCGCUCGCUCGCCGUCGCCUGAGGCCGCCUGCGAAGAGACGCAGACGCGGGCUGUGCGGGCGGCGGGCCCUGGGGCGAAGGGCGAGCCGAGCGCCCUAGAGGAGCGCAGCACGAGCAGCGGGAGGUCCUCGCCCUCCGGCGAGACCUUCGUCGCAGGGCACGCCCCCACGAAGGCGGAGAGCGGAGAAGACGCGCAUCGGUCCGCCGCGACGACGCCCGCCGGCCUCGAGGCCAAGGCACACGUGGCCCCCGGGACCGCGGAGGGGCUACAGGGCCCCUCCGCGGGGGCCUCUUCGCCUCCGCCCUCAGACGCGCAGCCUGCAGCGGAUGGCGAAUGCGGGCGCGCGGGGAGCCAGCAAGGAGGGCGUAGCGAGACGGGCGUAGCAGAGCAAGAAGGCCACGGGCCUUUCGACUUGAUCAUCCACGAAAUCAUCGGCGACAUCUGCAGCAACGAGGGCGUCGCCGACGUCGUGGAUGACAUACAGACUCGCACAGGACGCAUCCCGGCCUCGGUGCCCUACGCGGCGCGGACGUGGUUUACCCCUUGCGAGUUGCCGCGGCCCCGGAAUAUCAUCUUCCCCCAUCACAGAUAUCCGCUGCGGACGCUUCUCUCUCCGAACCGCGUGCUGUUGCAGUCCGUCGACGUGCAGUUCGCAUCGCUGCGCCUGAGCGACCGCUUCGCGCCGCUCGAAGAGCUCUUGUUUGAAGAGCGGAUGAGGCCGCAGCUGCUUCAAAGGCGAGAAGCGAGAUUCAACUGCCUCCGGAGCGGCAAGCUGUGCGGACUGCUGCUGUGCAACGAAGUCGAGGUGAUGAAGGGCGUCUCGAUUGACAACCGCGAGAGUGCGGCGACCAGUCACUGGUACACGAACGUCGCGCUGCUAAAGCGCGAGGUGCGCGUCCGCAAAGGCGACGUCGUUGUCGUUCACUCCUGUGCCGACCUCACCAACUACCAGCACGUGGACGUCCGCGAGGGCAUGGCGCUAGCAGAGGUGGACGACAUUCCCGCCGCCGUGCGUGCGGGGAAGGUUCUGGCUCCGCCUAGCCCCGCGGGGGGGAGAGGCAAGGCGCCGACUUCGCCUGCGGCCUCGGCGGCGGCAGCCGCGGGGAAGGGCACGUGGUCUGGGCCGGCCUGCGGGGGGCGGCGAGCUCGAUCGGGAGGGGCGAGUGGCGGCGGCGCGUCUUCCGUAGAGUGUCUGACCGGCUCUGCCUCGGCGGAGGCUGACCAGCCGCAGGAAUGUCCUGCAGAUGAUGGCGCGCACGAAGAAACAGGGAGCGACUGCACGAGCCCGAACGGGGACGCCGCCGCGCGCGCCCCGGCAACAGGCAGAAGGGUGCACCGCGCGGCGGCGGCGGCUGGCUCUCAGCGCGGCGCAGAGGACGCAGACGAAGCGGAUGCAGCGGGGCCGCAGGAGACGGAGGGAGCGAGGAGGGGCGCGGACGCGGCUCCCGAGUCGUCGCCGAAGGACGAGAACGGCGAAGACGCGCGGUUCCAGGGCGGCGCCGCUGUAGACGACCCUCUCCCGUUUCCUGCCUGCUUCGGGUCUGCGACGCCGGAAUGCCAGGAGGCGUCGAGCGCCGCAGAGAGCGGCUACGCGCGCCACUACUUGUCCAGGCCGCGGUACUGUUUCUUUGUGGAGAUCCACCGCCGAGUUCGCCGAAGAAACCGGAGCCCGUUUCUGUAUUUCCGUCAGCUGGGCAAGCCCGAGGGAAAGCGAGGCGAAGGAGCGGACGAGGACGGGCGCGGGGGUCCCGGCAGCAGCCGGUGGAGGGCCCUGCUCGAAAGCGAAAGUGAGACGUCAACCAGCGAUGACGAGGCCGGGACCGAUCUCUCGGAGUCGGAGGUAUCGAGUGAAGAGGAGAGUGAGAGCAGCGACAGCGAGGAAGAAGACGAAGUAGAAGAAGCCCUAACAGCCAGCGCGAGGAAGGCGGAUGGCGUCGAUGAGGGCGCAGACCGUCAGGUGCCCAGCAGCGAAGGAUCCGACGACCGCGAGGGAGGGAAACGUAGGGGCACGGCCGGGCGCGGGGGAGGCAGAGCCCAGGAGAACGGGGAAGGCGAGACAAAGAGUGGGCGGGACGCAGGCGAGCGGGGAGAGGCAGUUUGCAGGAGCCAGAGCAUGAACGCUGACACAACGGAAAACGAAAAAGCCAGACGGAAAGAGAAGCAGUUCAGAAUUCGGCGGCUUCCUCUCAUCGUGAUUGAUUUCAACGAACAGUCUCCAUUCGUCGAUAAGGCGGUAAGUCUUCACAACUGCUCCGGUGGCGCCUAG